AUGGCCAGGGCACAGGUGAAGGACAACAAGGCAAGAAAAUCUAGUCCUGAAGAACCCCAAGCCGAAGAAACACCAGGAGUGAGAGCAGAGAAACAGCCACUAAGUAAGGAGGACGAACAAGGAAAGUCUCCCAUAAGAAGCAACCCCCGAACUAUAAAAAGGCUCAAAUUAAGGAUCCAAAGAAAAACUAAUCAUCAGCUCCUCCCCACAACCCUCGUCCCCACGGAACGCCAAUCACGAAAGACCCCAGAACAAAGACCCCCAAGACAAGGAAAUACCACUACAGCCAAAUAUAGAGAAGCCGAUAAUCUGAGCGUGAAAUGGAAAACUGACUCGGCCAAAUUGAAUAAAUUCGACAAUAACUUAAAACUCCAGACUAACGGAAACCAGUGCAUAGGAUGA